AUGUCAAGUUCCAGUACUUCUGGUAGUUGGCCUAGGCAUUAUGUAGCAGAAGUGCUACCCAAUAGUAAUAGAAGGAUACAUUCUCUUUUCUUACCUAAGCUGAUGGUCACUAAUGCGCGGUCAAUAAUGAACAAAGUUGAUGAACUUCGUAUGCUAAUUAAUGAUAAGCAACCUGAUGUUUGUUGCAUAUGUGAAUCCUGGAUAACAUCAGAUACCGCCACGGAGCGAUAUUCUAUCGAAGGCUAUAAUAUUUUUAAUAAUUGCAGGUCAAAUAGAAAAGGUGGAGGAAUACUAACUUAUGCUAAAGACAACAUUGCUGCAGAAAUCUUCUCGGAUAUUGUGGUCCCAGAUGAACUCGAGGCUCAGUGGCUAGUAUUGAAACACCCAAGGCUCCCUCGGGUAGCACCAUAUAUUGUGUUAGGCAGUGUUUACCUGCCAUCUGGAACCGAAGCUGAAAAUGUUAAUGUAAUGUUAACCCAUCUACAUACAUGUGUUGAUCUAACUAGAGUUAAGAAACCACAAGCCGGAAUCUUUAUUUGCGGAGAUCUGAACCGACUUAACAUCAGUUCACUUUGUACAGGUAACAAACUUAAACAGAUUAUUAAAGUCCCCACCAGAGGUGACAAUAUAUUGGAUGUUGUGUUAACUAACCUGAGAGAAUUAUACAACUCGCCCACAAUUUCUGCGCCUAUCGAUCAUAGUGACCACAAUGUCAUUGAAGUUUCUCCGCCUUUUGCCAUUAAAAACAAUACAAUUAAUUUUAAAAAGGUCAGACCAAUGCCUGAAUCCAAGCUGUCGCUGAUCGGACGAUGGGCCCAAGCACAAUCAUGGGAAGAGGUACUUCAAGCAAAAAAUACACAAGCGAAAGCCGAUGCCUUCUAUAUGUUAGUGAACAAUGCUAUAGAUAAAAUACUUACCAUUAAAAACUAUAAAGUCUCACAGAACGGAUAA